AAAAAACUAUUUCCGAUUGGUAAUCGUACUCGUAAAUAAAAUUCGGAAAGUCGCCCAUCCUCCUAGAGCUCCUACCUCCCCGAGCUGAAGAUUAAUAACGUCACGAGGUCGUUUUUUUUCGAGUUCCAAGUUGUCUUGAACGAAACUUAAAUUCCGUAUUCUUGCCACUAGUUUCAUACUAGCCUACGUCGCUGAUAUCACCAGGAGAACGCAGUGUCAUGGUCACUCUAUUAUUCCCAUUCUACCAGCUAUAAUAACCUAAUGGAAAAAUUAGAGAGGUUACGAGGUAAUCUGAGAGUGGAAAUAUCUUCAGAUUGUGUUUCCCAGCUGAUGAGGACUGGCUGAGGAUGAUUAAGAUGACGCAUAUACAGGGGACACCCCAGCAGUGUCAGGGGCUGCAGGGACCUCUGUGAUUGUUGACCCUACCUCAUCCCUGAUCUCCCCAGCUCUGCAGGGGCUCACCAUGGCCACUCGGAGGACACCCUUGGUCCAAACCAGCUUGGUCAAAGACUUUAACCACUUCAUUACCUGCUACCUGUGCAGAGGUUACCUGAUCAAACCCACCACGGUCACUGAGUGCCUGCACACAUUUUGUAAGAGCUGCAUCAUCCAGCACUUUGAAGACAGUAAUGACUGUCCCAAAUGUGGCAUUCAAGUCCACGAAACGAACCCUCUAGAGAUGCUAAGGUUGGACAAUACUCUUGAGGAAAUCAUUUUCAAGCUUGUGCCUGGAUUACGAGAAAAAGAGGGACAGCAGGAGAUUGAUUUCUGGAGGAAGAAUAAGUCAAAAGAAAAUUCACAAGGAGACGGCCUUGGGUCGAAGAAGCUUGGGCUCAGUGAUGAGGAUGAUGAUGAAGAUGACCAGGAUUACCACAGGAGCGACCCCCAGAUAGCCAUCUGCCUCGACUGUCUCCACAACAAUGGCUAUGCUGCAGACAACACAGUGAAGUGUUUAAUGAAGAAGUUCAUUCAUUGCUCUAGUCGAGUCACGGUGGGAACCAUCAAGAAGUUUCUCAGUCUAAAGUUAAAGCUUUCUAGCUCUUGUGAGCUGGAUGUGCUGUGUAAUGGGGAGAUCAUGGGGAAGGACCACACUCUGGAGUUCAUCUACAUGACCCGCUGGAGGCUGCACAGUGACCACAGAUAUCCCAUGGUCCUGGAGUACAGGCCACGAAUAGACUUUGGCUGAACGAAGCCCUGGAAGCCUUCAUAGACAAACAAAGCAAGGACUGGAUGUACAUGCAGCCACGGCCAGGAACUCUGUCCUUCCAAACCUUUCUGAACUUCUCUACAUUUGACCAUUUGUUUUUUCUUUCUCAUUCUGUUUCAUUUAGUUGUGACCUUCGUUGUUGGAACAUUCUGUGACCUUCGUUGUUGGAACAUUCUGUGACCUUCGUUGUUGGAACAUUCUGUGACCUUCGUUGUUGGAACAUUCUGUGUCCUUCGUUGUUGGAACAUUCUGUGACCUUCGUUGUUGGAACAUUCUGUGUCCUUCGUUGUUGGAACAUUCUGUGUCCUUCGUUGUUGGAACAUUCUGUGUCCUUCGUUGUUGGAACAUUCUGUGUCCUUCGUUGUUGGAACAUUCUGUGCUUGUGGCCAAAGUGAUCUUCAAGACAAGUAACUAAAGACAAGCUUAGCUGAAACAUGGGUGUAUGAAUAUAUCAAAGUUGUAUUUACUCCCAACUCCAAGGGCUUCCACCCAAUGCCUGACUAAAACAUGUUUUAUGUCUUUUAUAAAUGCACAUAACAUAUCCACAGAUUUGCCCACCAUCAAUCAAUUAGGGAAAUUUGCCUGUGACAGGGCACCUUAAUAAUGUUGUCAACAAGUUUCAAAGAGUCUAAACCGAAGCCCAUUCGUCUUCAUUCUGUUCCAUGCUCAGUUAAUAACCAGUCUGACAAGCUGCUGAAAUCUACAAACGCUCUCUGGCAGAGGCUGGGCAACCUGCAGGAUUGGGAGAGAAACAUUAAGCCUCUCUCUCUCUUUCUCUGUCACACACACUCAACCCAUACUGCGGUGUGAUUACCCUGGCUCCUGCCAAUCUCAGACUUGUGCUAAUAGCUUUUUUGGCACUGUUCUGAGUGAGGAGGUAUUACAUUUCAGUUUUUCAGAUUGAUCAUAGUAUGUUUAGACUAGAGAUCUACUAUCUUACAUGUUUUUAAAGGCAAACUAAUGGUGUGUACAUUUCAUAUUGUUACUAGACCUUUGAUCUAAAUGUGUUUUAUGAAAUAGAUGACAUUACAACAUGAGAGUAAGAUAUAUAUGUAUUAUGGAUCUUGGAUAUAUUUGAUCAAAGAACAGCUUUGUGCACUGUAAGAGCUGGUUGGCCAUAAAACUUAUUGUAUUAACGUUGAGGUGUACUGAAGUGGUCUCUUUCAGAGUAAUUCAGUAUAGAGUAUACGGUAUCUGUUUCCUUACCUAGUCAUCUCAUGUUUAGCCUUUUCAUCUAUGUUCAUAGGAUUAUAUGUGAAGAACAUGGAGGUGAAGACAAGCUGUCCAUCUGCUGAAAAAUAGGAUGCAUUUUUGGAAACAUGUACAUAUUCUUAUGGUUAAUGUUUUAUGCUGCGUAGAAUAUAUUUUUGAAAUGUACUGCCUCUGAAUCAUUCUUGAGAGAGAGCUGUGAAGAAAAAUAGUUCAUAUCUGUACUUGAUUUAUAAUUAUUAUUCAUGAAUAAAUUCAAUGUUUUGUA